AUGCUUUCUGCCAAGAACUCACAGGUACCAGAUAUUUCUACCCUUUCUAUCUCCUCGAUGUCAGAUUACCACAACUUCGAGUUUCCUGGUAAGGAUGCUCAGCGUGAAGCUGUGCUAGAUCUGGUCGACCAACAGGGGUUUAUUCCGGACGACGUGGUGGAACACGAAGUGGAAUGGUUCUACGACGCGUUAGGGAUUGACGAUCUGUUCUUCUCCAAGGAGUCCCCUGAAAUGAUCGCCAACAUCAUCCACUCGCUGUACGCGGCCAAAGUCGAGUCAUUUGCAAAGGUCAAAAUCGCAGGGACCUCUGAUGGUGUGGAGGCCAAGAUCGGUGGCUUUUCGGUGAAAACACAGGUCGUCACCGAGUCUCACUCGGUUUUCAUUGAGACCGGCAGUGAACUCGACGAGGAGAUCGAUUCGCUGCUUCUCGACACCCACAACCAUCGUUACCGACUUGUUUCAUAUACGGCGGAAAAUGCCUUGAAACUCACUUUUGUAUACCGCACCGUGUUCGCCCAGGAGCCUUCGACAUGUCCCAAAUUAACCUCCGAGCAGCUCUCCAAGGGCGACAUCGACAUUGUGAGUGAUGUGACCAUGUCGCAAGUGACUUCUAAGGAGAAUAAGAGGCUUUACGGACUGAUUAUGGAGCAGAUGCAUCAACGGGAGGGCCCUAUCAUCAAGACCUUGAAUUCGGUGGCCGAUCAAGAUGAAGUACGUAUUGUGAUAGGUUUCAAACGCGGUACCACUAAAAGCUACUAUACCGCAUUAUCUUCGCUACUGCAUUACUAUGAUCUGAAACCAUCCAAGAUUUACCUCGAGUCCUUUGCUAACGACACAAUGAUAUACUCUCUCUACUUGAAACAGUCACAGCAGUCUGAGAAAGUUUUGAGCAACUUACCAAUGUCCAUCAAUCAGUUUGAAAGAGAGGCGUCCUUGUUGUAUGCAAUUCCCACCAACUUUUUCCAAGAUUUAUACCAGCAGAGGAAGUUCUCACCCCAAGAAUCCAUCUACGCUCAUAUUGGCGCCAUAUUCAUCAACAACUUCAUCAACAGACUAGGUGAGGAAUAUCAGGAUUUGGUAGGCCAGGUCAAUGUCUCGUCGACAUCCAACAAUAACUCCAUGCUAGAAGUCUUGGCUGGCUUAAAGAAGAAGCUAAGAAAUGAGACUUAUACACAGCAAAUGAUCAUAGAGGUUCUGCACAAAUAUAAGGAUAUUGUCUCUAAGCUCUACAAAAAUUUUGCUCAGGUCCACUAUGUGUCAUCGCAAUCCACCAAGUUUGGAAAGACGUUAUCUUACCAAAGGCUGUCCAUGCUUGAACCGUUUGCCAACGAUAAAGAGUUUGAGCAGUAUGUUAACAAGUUCAUUCCCAACGACUCCCCCGACCUGCUGAUCUUGCAAACUCUGGCGACGUUCAACAAAGCCGUCCUUAAAACCAAUUUCUUCAUGACUAGAAAGGUCGCUAUUUCCUUUAGACUUGAUCCACAAUUAAUAAUGCCCAAGGUAGAAUUUCCCGAAACCCCUUACGGGAUCUUUUUCGUGGUUGGUAACACUUUCAAAGCGUUCCACAUCCGUUUCCGUGACAUUGCCAGAGGCGGUAUUCGAAUCGUUUGUUCGAAGACUCAAGAUAUUUACGAAGUCAACUCAAAGAUGGCAAUCGAUGAAAACUAUCAAUUGGCAUCUACUCAGCAACGUAAAAACAAAGAUAUUCCAGAAGGUGGUUCCAAAGGUGUCAUCUUAUUAAAUCCUACUUUGACCUCCCAAAAGCAAACGUUUGUUGCAUUUUCUCAGUACGUGGACUCCAUUAUCGAUAUUCUCAUCCAUGAUCCUUUGAAAGAAAAAUAUGUGGACCUUUUAUCACAACCUGAGAUACUUUUCUUUGGACCCGAUGAGGGGACCGCCGGGUUUGUAGACUGGGCCACUGCUCAUGCAAAAAGUAGAGGAUGCCCUUGGUGGAAGUCAUUUUUGACUGGGAAAUCCCCAUCAAUGGGCGGCAUCCCACACGAUGUUUACGGAAUGACUUCGCUUAGCGUGCGGGCUUACGUCAGUGCUAUUUAUGAAACUCUGGGGCUGCAGAGCACGACAAUCAACAAAUUUCAAACUGGCGGUCCAGAUGGUGACUUAGGUUCCAAUGAGAUUCUGCUCUCAACUCCGAACGAAAAUUACGUCGCACUUGUUGAUGGCUCAGGUGUUAUUUGUGAUCCUGUUGGGCUUGAUACAGAAACUCUCAGAGAGCUGGCGUUGGGUAGGAAAACAAUCUCUUCUUAUGACAAAGCGAAACUGAGCGCGCAAGGUUUCUUUGUGUCUGUAGAUGACAUCGAUAUCGAACUGCCUAAUGGUGUAGUGGUAGCCAACGGUACAACAUUCAGAAACAGGUUUCAUUUGGAACUUUUUAAGUUUGUCGAGAAAGUCGACCUUUUCGUGCCUUGCGGUGGCAGACCAAAUUCCAUUGAUCUCAAUGUCCUAAAAUAUUUUGUUGAUGAGAAGACCAACAAAUGCAAGAUUCCUUAUAUUGUUGAGGGUGCAAACCUCUUCAUUACGCAACCUGCAAAAAUCGCUUUAGAGAAUUUGGGAUGUAUCUUAUUCAAAGAUGCCUCUACGAAUAAAGGUGGGGUCACAUCUUCAUCAAUGGAAGUUCUUGCUUCUUUGGCCUUGAACGAUAACGAUUUUAUCCACAAAUUUAUUGGAAGUGAUCACAGUAGGACGACUGCGUUAUAUGAUGACUACGUUAAGGUCAUUCAAAGUCGCGUCGAGAAAAAUGCCCGUGCUGAAUUUAAUCAGUUAUGGAAGUUGAGACAAACGGCUGGAAUUUCUAUCUCAGAACUAUCGAAUACCUUGUCUCAAACCAUCAACAAGCUAAACGAUGAGCUCAUAGUUUCCAAUGAAUUAUGGGUCAACGAUCUCGAGCUUCGUAACUAUCUACUCUUGAGGAAGAUCAUUCCCGACCUCUUGAUCGAUGUCGCUGGGCCGGAGAAGGUUUUGAGCAAUAUUCCGGAGUCCUAUUUGAAGGCCUUGCUGUCAAGCUACCUUUCAAGUUCGUAUGUUUAUGGCAAUGGGAUUGACGUAAACAUCGGGAAGUUCUUGGAGUACAUUGGAGAGCUGAAGAGAGAAGCCAAGGAAUAUAAGUAG